UGCUGCUCCUUGUGGAAGGGCUCGCUUGCCAAAGAGCCACAACCCAAAAUGCCAAAGGGAGGAAAGGAAAAAAAACUGAGCUCUGUGCAGCUUCCCAUCAGCAAAUUCCGAAGGAAAUUAGUGGAGACUAUACAAGGCAACAAAUUUGUUGUGGUGACGGGUGAGACGGGAAGCGGGAAAACCACCCAACUUCCCAAAUAUUUAUUUGAAGAAGGGUUUGCCAGGCAUGGCACAAUCGCUGUGACGCAGCCACGGCGCAUGGCUGCCAUAUCUGUGGCGGAAAGAGUGGCAGAGGAGUUAGGCUGCCCAGUGGGAGGCCUUGUGGGAUACCAGGUUCGCUUUGAGGAAUGCAUCUCGGAGGGAACAGCGAUCAAGUAUCUGACGGAUGGGUGCUUGUUAAGGCAGAUCCUGGCAGACCCGCAUCUGACCCAAUACAGCGUCGUUAUUCUGGACGAAGCUCACGAACGGAGUCUCUGCACGGAUAUCCUCUUUGGCCUUUUGAAGCAGCUCUUCCACCAGCAAAAAGAAACCCAACGGAAGGAACCCUUGAAGGUCGUUGUGAUGUCCGCCACCUUGGACGUGGAGAAGUUCUCCGCUUUCUUUGGCCAUUGCUCAGUGGUGGAGAUUCCAGGAAGAAAAUACCUGGUGGAGGAGAUCUUCUGUGAUGCCCUGGGCCCCAGAGAUGCCAACAGCUCUGCCUUCAUCACAGAGACUGUCAAAGUGACCCUGGAUGUCCAUUUGAACGGCUCGGCUGGAGACAUCCUGGUUUUUCUGACAGGGCAGUCGGAGAUUGAAAGAGCUUGCGAGCUUCUCUUCCGGAAAGCCGAAAUGAUAGACUACCGCUUUGACGUAAGAGAUGGCGCCGUGGACGGCUUGCUUAUCUUGCCGUUGUAUGGCUGCAUGCCAACAGCAGCGCCGUCGGCGGAGUUCGCUCCUUUCGCAUUCCACCGGGAAAACGAACAAGGCGCUAUAUUUCCUCCGCCCUAG